GACUGAUACUGGCAAUGUUAAUGGUCAGUCCUACUUUCUAUCAGAACCAGAAUGGCUAAAAACAAUGUUUUCUACACUGUGCUGGAGGUCCUGAUCGCUGUGGCAUGUUGCCUUGGUAACCUGCUGGUCAUCUGGGCAGUGUGGACGUGUGGUGCCAUGCGGCGGCAGCCCACCUUCUGCUUAAUCAUCUCUCUGGCUGUUGCCGACUUCCUGGUGGGGGCCGUGGCCGUACCUCUGUCGGUUCUGGUGGACGGACGGGUCAGGACCUCUUUCUAUGGCUGUCUCUUGCCAAGCUGUGGUGAGAUUGUAGUGACCCAAGCGUCCAUUCACUCCCUGCUAGCCAUAGCUGUGGACCGAUGUUUGCGUGUAUACAUUCCUCACAGAUACAAAACAAUGAUGACACAGAAACUCUCUUGGACCAUAGUAGGAGUCUGCUGGGUGUCUGCAGGUAUUUUGGGGUCUGUUCCCGUGUUUGGAUGGAAUCGCCACGACACUCUAGAACAGAUGGAAGCAUCAAACUCCACAACCAUCACUUGCACAUUUUUGGCAGUGAUUCCAAUGUCCUUCAUGAUCAACUUUAACUUCUUUGCUUGUGUGCUGCCACCCAUGCUGCUUAUGAUGUUGUUAUACUUCUACAUCCUUAUUAAGAUGCAGCAUCUGAAAGGAAGUGGGGCUAGCAGCAGUGAGUUUCGUUCUUACUAUCAGAAGGAGCGGAAACUCACCCACUCCCUCAUUCUCAUUCUGACAGUCUUUGUAGUCUGCUGGCUACCGCUGCACUUCAUGAACAUGAUCUCUUUCUACCGUCCACAGACCACAGUUCCCCAUGAAGUCUUCUACAUGGGCAUCCUACUUUCCCAGGCAAACUCAGCCAUUAAUCCAGUCAUAUAUGCCCUUAAGAUCCAGCAUAUACGAGCUGCCUUAAUGUCAUUGUGGAGGAGGUUAUUUAUGUGCAAAGAAGCAGAGGAGACACAUAUGAGCAGUCAGACACCAGGGAAUGCCAGCAGCUGCAACACACACAAAAUGAGAGUUAUUCAGGACAUGAUCAAUGUAACAACAACAGAGCGUGACGAGUGAUAUUUGUCUGACUGCAAUAUAUAGUUUCAUGCAGAUUUGCAUUCAUACAGAUUGAUAAUAGUUGUAUAAUGCCCUGUAAUCCUGAGGGGGAUAUACCCAUAAACAUACUAUCCCUUUGUUUCAUUUUGCAACCUUUAAACUCCAGACUUUUAUGGAUAGUAAUAUUUUCAUCAUAAUUGUGGAUUCUACCUAUAACAUGUGAUCCAUAGUUCCCAACCUCACAUGGUAUUAAAACUAGAUAUACCAUAAAGCGGUACAAAAUAUGACCGCUGCUCAGUCCUGCACAUUCUCUCUGCAAAAAUAAAUCACACUUUGUCAA